CUUCCGGUUCUUGCUGCUAGCCACAGUAGCAGUAUGUUCUUAAACAGUUGGGUCAGACAGUUAAACCCCACAUGUAAAUAUAUUUUUGACUCUUUAAAUGUAGCCAAAUGCGCGUCCAACGUUGGCUUCGUCUGUGUGCUUUCUGCGGAAAAGUAAGAACCGAGGGGGGAGGAUGGAGGACACUUUUAGGACACUCCAGUGUGAAAUAUGCACACCUUACACAAGCCCAACAGUGGACUACAACAUCACCUAAACGCCUGUGUCACAGUGAUUUAGGAGACUUGUACAAGAAUGAGUCGGUCCGGAGGUAUCUAAAGCAGCACAUGGAGGAGUACACUGACCUCAGCGAGAAGUUACAGCAUGCAUGUUUGAGCGACUCAGAGAGAAAAGUGAUGAUCAGUAAACAUGCAAAGCUGCUGCCACUGGCAAAUAUAUAUCAGAGUAUUGAACAAGCCUUGAAAGACCUUGAAGAAGUCUUGUCUCUUAUACAUAGUGCAGCUGGUUCCAAAGAUGAAGACAAACAGUUGAACCAAUUAUUGAAAGAGGAGGAAGCAGAGAUCUCUAAGGGCAUUUUAGCUCUAAGAAAAGAUCUGAUUAAAGCUCUUGUGCCUGUGGAUCCUCUUGACUCCAGCAAUAUUAUGAUGGAAGUUGUAUCAGGACGGACAACUGGAGGCGACAUCUGUCAGCAGUUCACCAGAGAAAUGUUUGACAUGUAUGAGGGAUUUGCCAGCUACAAAAACUGGGAUUUUGAAGUGUUAAACUACACACAUGCAGAGUUUGGUGGUUUGCACCAUGCAGCGGUUCGAAUAGCUGGGGAGAAUGUUUACAGGCAUUUGAAGCAUGAGGGGGGAACACACCGGGUGCAGAGAAUCCCUGAGGUGGGUCUUUCCUCCAGGAUGCAACGCAUCCACACAGGGACCAUGACUGUCAUCGUCCUGCCUCAGCCGACUGAGUUGGACAUUAGCAUUGAUCAAAAGGAUCUUCGCAUCGACACAUUCAGAUCCAGAGGUGCAGGGGGCCAAAGUGUCAACACCACAGACAGUGCAGUGCGCAUUGUUCAUCUUCCCACAGGUAUCACAGCGGAGUGCCAGCAGUCCCGCUCUCAGCUUCAGAACAGAGACACUGCCAUGCGCAUGCUGACGGCCCGGCUUUACCAGAGCAUGAUGGGUAAAGAGACUGAGCAAAGGGACACAGCACGGAAGCAGCAGGUGAGGACACGCUCUCAGUCUGACAGGAUCCGUACAUACAACUUUAGCCAGGAUCGUGUCACAGACCACAGGACUGGCUAUGUUACCAGAGAUAUAAAGGAGUUCAUGAGAGGAGGGGAGGCUCUUGGUGAUCUGAUCUCUGAUGUCCUGGAACAUGCUGAGAGGGAGUCUCUUCUGGAGCUGGUGGAGAACAGCAUCAGCCUGAAAAGAAAUGAGUCUGAAACAAAUGCAGACUGAUAGCCACCACUGAACACAGUAACUGGUAACUACUGUUGUUCAUUGCACACCAGAGCUGAUCUAUAUUGUAUUCAUAUUUAUGGACAUGUAUGUGCAUUGUGUUGCUUUGCAAAUAUUGCAGUACAAGAAAAACUGCAUCCUUUCCUCAGAAAUAAUUUAAGAUAUUUUUAAAAUAAAAAUUAAAAAUGUUUUUGUGUUA